UAUUCUCCAGUUCAUGAUUAAAAGUUAAGUUAAUUAAUCAACUUAAUCGUGCUCCAGUUCUCUACUAGACUACGGACAUUAUAAUAAAUAAUAGUAUAUUGUAUUUUGUAUAGUGUUAACAUAAGCAUAACAUAAUAUUGUAUGUCUGUGGUAUUCUCAUUUCUCAGUAAAGUUCUUGCUUUCUCAAUUCUCGGUGAGAACUUUUUACUGUUCUCAGUACUCAACUGUUUACUUCCAGGUUACCCGAUUACUCGGCCACUCAAGUCGUCAAGUUAAUAAUACCAAAUACUGUAAAUUAUCUACAGUAUUUUUAGUACUCACUACCUACUCAAGCCAUUCUGCCAGGAAUGACCACAGAAAUUAUGAAUAUGGCAGAUAGUAAUAGUAAUAUUAUAUUAUUCGAUAUGGCUAAAAAUGAAAUGUUUGAUAUCAAUGAUAAUUUGAAAAUUUUAAGAAGGAAACUGCAACGAUCAUACACAAUUGCUACAAAUAAACAUGAGAUCACAGUGGAUGUCUUAAAUGGUGUACAGUUAGUUGUAUUUGGAGGGCCACGUGCCAUGUUUUCUGAAGCAGAAUUUAAUUGCCUUCAUAAAUAUAUUGAUCUUGGAGGAUCUGUAUUAGUUAUGUUUUCCGAAGGUGGUGAAAAAGAACUACAUACAAAUAUAAAUUAUUUAUUAGAAGAAUUUGGUAUAAUGGUUAAUAGUGAUUAUGUAUUACGCACACAUUAUUAUUUAUAUUUCCAUCCUAAGGAAUGUCUAGUUAAAGAUGGUGUUGUUAAUGAAGCAGUUGCCAAAUAUUUGGAUCGAGAAAAUGAAAGCACAUCAAAAUGUAUAAGUUUUGUAUUUCCCUAUGGUGCUAGUUUAAAUGUUGCAAAGCCAGCUGCUCCUAUUCUUACUAGUGGUUCUGUUGCUUAUCCUCUUAAUAGACCACUCUGUGCUUUUUAUUCUGCUUCAAAGUAUUCCAACAAAGUAAAAAAAGGAAAACUAGCAGUCAUUGGUUCUGGUCAUUUGUUAACAGACAAAUAUAUUAAUUGGGAAGAAAAUGAUAAAAUCCGUGAAAUUUUGUUUGAUUUCUUGAUCACAAAUAAUAUAACUUUAAAUGAAGUUGAUGCUAAUGAUCCUGAGACUUCAGAUUAUAAAAUGGUGCCAGAUAUUGGAAUGUUAUCAUCUCGUGUUCGUACUUGUCUACAGCUUCAAGAAAGUUUGAACAAUACUGGUCAUUUUUUAUUUUCAGCUGACAAUAUAAAUUCCCUUAUAGAUACUAAAUUGUGUUCCUUAAAUACCUCAAUGUUACCAGAUGCAGUUGAAGCAUAUAAAACAUUAAAUGUACCCCACAAUCAGCUACAACUCAUUCCUCCUAUGUUCAAUGACACUUUACCUGUCUUACAAUUUGCUGUUUAUCCACCUCCUUUUCAAGAAUUAUCAUCUCCAUUUUUAGAAUUAUUCGAUCUUGAUAGUAUAUUUGGUUCUGAAAAAUCAUUAUUGUCAAAUUUGGCUAAAAAUUGCUUAGAAGCUCAAUCUAGUGAGAAAACCAUUGGAGAUAACAUAAUUAAAUUUAUUAUUGAUAUUAAUGACAAUUUAGAAAUCAUUGUUCACAGUAAUGACUGUAAAGAAAUAUUACAAACAGUAUUUUCAUUAAUAAAUAAUUUUAAAAAAUAACUAUUUUAACUUAAAUAUGUGCACCUAGAUAUUAUAUUUUAUUAUACCUAUCAUUAACUUAUUAUGUAUGUAAUAAAUAUUAAAAAGUAUUUUUGCACUACAAAA